GUUGUAGCAGUUGUAGCGGAGGUAGUAGUCGUUUGGGUUUGUAUCUAGGCAGGACACAAUGGCGUCUUCACUUGAAAAUCUCGAAACGCAACUAGAACUCUUCAUUGAAAACGUUAGGCAAAUCAGGAUUAUUGUAAGCGACUUUCAGCCGCAAGGUCAAAGUGUUCUUAAUCAAAAAAUUCAAUCCCUUGUGCAAGGGCUGCAGGAAGUCGACAAACUUAAAAAUCAACCUCAAGUGCAAGAUGUUCAUGUUCCAUUGGAGGUGUUUGACUACAUUGAUUCAGGACGGAAUCCUCAGCUCUACACUAAAGACUGCAUAGAAAAGGCAUUAACAAAGAAUGAACAAGUUAAAGGCAAAAUUGAUGCGUAUCGGAAGUUUAAGGCCCACCUUCUAGUCGAACUAAAUAACUCCUUUCCCAAUGAGCUGAAUAAAUAUCGGGCAAUUCGAGGUGAUGAAAGACCAAUGGCUUGACACUUGAAAACUAGGCUGUGAAUUUACUCCUGUCUUUCCCUUUUGUUUAAUUAAUCCAUUUAAGAUUUUACCUAGCUGUAUUUACUGACUUACUUACCAUUAAAUCAUUUCAUUGUUA